UUUGCUGUAGGAAACCUCGAAGCAAAUUUGUGUGUACAGGCUCAACAUUCCAGUUGUUUUAUGUCACACUGUGGUUACACUGUCUGCAUCAGUGGGGAAUGUUGACGGUAUUACGUAAGCUUGGCCGAUGACGUGUUCUCGCGUUUUGUGUGCAGCAGAGUGGAAACCAACAUUUGCAUUGGACUGGCCUUAGCUUGUCGGUCAGAAAUUGCACGAAAUUCUUUCCGCGGCGGUAAAUGUUCUUUUCUGUCGUGUAUUUCCUGGGUCUCCAGUCAUGACGCUGGAGUCGGGGCGACCGGGCGGCAGGGGACCCGGCUCCGGGGGGUGCAAACGCCGCUUGCGGUUCAGAAAACUCAAGGCUUUUUCUGAAUCAUUGACUCGUCUCAAAGGUCGGUUUAACGCUCGGUCUGAUGAAGGAGGGGAAAAUGAGAGAAAUCCUUCGGGCGUUGGCGGGACUCCGCCCGAGCAGACGCCCACUGGCCUUCGCUACAGACUCUCCGCGCUGUCCAAGUCGAUGUCAUCACUGACUUCCAUCGGGGCUACAGGUACGACUCCGUCUGUGACCUUAGAAGAAGCGGACAGUGAGACCGAAAGAGAUUCCGGACUGGGCACAGGACGGACCCACAGAUACCGCAAGAACGUACAGAAGGCCGUGCGAGGCAGACUCUCCUCUCUAUCCCGCUCGCUCGGUAAUCUGACCGAAAGUAAUCCCAGCUUGCACGAAAGCCACACAAGAAACGAAGAGGAUCCGCCCGGGGCGCAAGCUACAGCGGACGGACCCACCGGGGGACUUCGAUGGCUUUCCCGCUCUCUCGGUAAUCUUGUGGGACUAGGGGGAGAACUGAGCCGUGAAAAGCUAGCGGGGUUCGACAAUAUUUGCUACGUGGGGUUUGAUGAAACUGAGAGAAACACAGCGAACGGUUUCGACAAUGUUUGUUACGGUGCUCUAGACGAAGAUGAAGAGAAUGAAGGUCUUCCAUCACCUAGAUGUGAGAGUACAAAAGGACAAGCGAGCCAGCAAACUCAGUCGGCCGGAUAUCGCGUGGUUGUGAUGGGGGCUGAGAACGUGGGGAAGACGGAGUUGGUGCACCAGUUCAUGGGCAUGGGGCGGCUGGCGUACGUCAACCCUGCUGCAGAUCUAGACCUGCAGGCUGGAGAAGACGACGACUCGGCAUUUGAGGAUCCUUACGCCGACCCGGACCGGAUGGGAGAGCAUCACUUAGGCACAGUGUAUGAGCGAGAACUGAAGGUCGGCGGAGAGAAGACCAAGCUUUGGAUUCUGGACAUGUCUGCCAAGGAUCUCCGUGAGGAUGUCGACCACACUUACCUGGACGUCGGAAACGCCUUCGUGGUGGUCUACUCGUGCACGGACAGGGCAAGUUUUAACGAGGCCCUGAACACGUGCGCCUCCCUGCGGCAGAGACGCCGGGCAUGUGGAACACCUGUCAUCCUGGUGGCCAACAAGAGCGACCUGGUCAGGUGCAGGCAGGUGUGCCCGAAAGAGGCCGUAUCCUGCGCUUUGGUCCUGGACUGUAAGUUCAUAGAAACGUCAGCCAUGUACGACCUGAACGUGGACCUACUCUUUGAGGGUGUGGUCCGUCAGCUGCGCCUGCGCGGGAGGGGACUCUCGGCAGACAAGCCGCCACCCGUCGCCGCAUGCGCAGCAGGGGACAGCCACGGACGGUACAAAAAGAAGCUGCAGAACUUUGUCGACCAGUUCUUGCCAGUUCAGGACAGAAUGGCCAAACUGAAGGCCAAGUCGUGUGGUGACUUGUCUGUUUUGUAGUUACACAAUCACAGUAACAUCACAACAACACAUGCCAUCAAGUAAUUUAUGUUUACUGAAGGAAAACAUAUUCGUUUUUGCUCUGUUUCCUCUUCUUCUUCUCCAAACAAAU